CAGGUAGGUCCACAGCGUCUGGGAAGACAGGUGACAUGAUUUCCUUCAGUAAAAAGACGCUUAACAUGUCUGGGGAGCUCAGGUGUGCGUGGAUCGUGUUUGGGGAUGCGACAAAGGAACACUAGUGGUACGGCGACUGAGAAACAUAUGGGCUCUUUCCCAACUGAGAAGAUGCGAUUCCGGCCGUUAAGGACCCUUGAGUUGGUCCUCCUGAUCCUUGUGUUGUGGGCCGCCUGCACCUUUCUGUUGUGGCGGGUGCGGGGCCCUUGCCCAGGACCAAGGGAACCUACCAACUGUGGGGAACUUGCAAGAAUCGCCAAGCCCCUUCAACCAGCCCCGGAACCUUUGGACUCUACGUCCCACCCCACCCCCAUCCACGCUAGCCCCACCCACGCCUUCUCCAACAUCACCCCUGUCUACAUCGUGGAGGAACAUCACGAAGUGUUGAAGUACUGGUACAGCGCAGCCAACAAAGGGCUCAUACCAAAAGGGGGCAACGUUGUGCUGCAUAUCGACGGACACUCCGACGGCGCCACUCCAUUCGAGUGGAACAUCAUCCCGCUUUUCCGUCAUCCUAGGAACAGCGAGGAGAUCACUGACAUGAUGCAGCAGAAUGAUGUCUUCAUGGUCGCAGCAGCGAUGACAGGACUGAUCACCCGCUACAUAUGGGUGUGGCCGCCCUGGGACACCAGCGACGGCGAGCAUCCCGAUCAGGUAGACUACCAGCGCAUGGACGUCAGGGCCGGAACCACCUUCAAACUCGUCAACGGCAAGAAGGUUAAGGAACUCUGCGCAUGCUUCUCAACGGGGCCCAUAAAGAAGGAGAAGUACUGCGUCAUGAACAAUAUCACCGUGGACUCUGAGGACGAGAGCGGGAUCCCCAUAGAGGAGUCGGCGUGUACGUUCCGGACGUCGGGGAUCAUUGAGAUUGUCAGUGAGCGGAAAGCCAUUUUGUUGAUCAAGUCUGGCAAGUGGCUCACUCACAGUGACAACGUUAUUCUCGACAUUGACGAGGACUACUACGGCUGUGAGGCGGCGGUGUUGCCUCUUUAUAACUCCGGACUGAAAGAAUCUGAAAUCAGAGACAUCAGCAUGUGGGUACAACUUCUCGUCUGCGCGCAGGGAACGACAGACGAGAGGUCGGUAGAUAACUUCUUCAACUCCGUCCUCGAGUCUAUCAUAGACUUUAAACAACUGUGUCAGUCGGGAUUAAUGCAACGUGACGCAUGCAACGAUAAGGGGCUCAGAACAGCUUUCUGGAGUCGAGUCCCAGCGAUGCUUAAAGAUCUUCAAGGACGAAUUCAUGGGCAUUUUUGUAGACGGAACCCUGAUUUUAUUUUGAAGAUGAUGUUGGCAAAACUGGUUACCUUCACAACGGAUCAGCUCCGUUCAUUGUCCCAAGUUGGUGUCUGCCUCAAUAUGUCCCCCAAAACGCUUGAGUUCAACCACAAGAACAACAUGCGUAUGUGCGACGGCUACAACCGCCCAAACGAUACGAUGGUGGUAUUUCAUACCCCGGAUGUAGAGGAGAUUGACGAGAGGACGGAGGCUAUGGAGAUGAUUCUAGAUGGGAGGAGGUUCGCUCCAAAGCUCGUUACAAUAUGUCGUUCUGUCCGGGACGGCUACACACCAAAGAAAUACUUUCAGAAAAUAGAAGGCGAUGUGUUAAGCGUUUUGCAAAAUUCGUUCUCGAAAAUAUCUGAAAAUUUUAUAUUAUAUGAUUCUGAUUUGUUAGGUGGUCCAACGGGAUGGUACGGGAGGCAUUGAAUAUCAUGUGUAGAGUGUUAAAAGUUACCUGUAACGAUUCACCGAAUUGCCAUUGAAUCCUGUGUAGCGAUAUUAGUAUCGCAUAGUGGGGCUAUGAUUUUGUGAACUUCGGAAAACACGUUAUGUGAUAUGAAAAUGAAAUGCAAAAUUAUGUUGUUCAAACGGUGAACAAAUGUUCUCAAGUCAUAACUGUUUAACGUUCAUUGAACAUGUUGAGGUUGGUUUUCUUUUGGCCUUAUCUUUGAUGCAGAUAUUUAACCGUAUGACAUCACGUCCUAGCUGUAUGUCAGUGCAUAUUGUAGUGUAUAGGGUAUCGUUACAGUCCUAGGAUAUAUGUAUUUCAAUAUUGUCAAUAUAUUACUUAGAACAUUUUAAAGAAAUAGCUUCGUUUUUCAAAGGAAAAUGUAUGUGAGUAUUUGUGGUCGUGAAAGGGGGUUUGGUUUGUGAAUGUCCACAGUUAAAUGUCAUACGAUUGUGGUGCAAAUAUGUCGUCAGUGACGUAUGUCACGCCAUGAUGUAUGUUUAUAGGGUAAUUUGCCUUAAAGAUAACCUUGAGUGAGUGCGUGAAUGUAGACAGCAAUGUUCCAGCUUUAUCAGCGCGAGCUGUUACAAUCUCAUUAAAAUCAGAUCUUAGUUCUCGCUACCGCUAAACAAAGAUCUGAGGACAUCUCAUUACG